GUGUUCAUGUUUGAGGACGAAUAGUUGAUGAAUCUAAACGAGGGCUCAAAAGCAAAUUCUAUCAAAACAUUAGCCAAUGAGUCAAUAACCCGAAUUCUUUGUUUCCUGGGACGAAUGAAAAAGACAGCAACUGCUGCUCUGGGGUUUAGGGUUACUGUGCUUUAGCUGACAAAAAACUAGCUAAAAUGAAAACUUUAGUUCUCCCUUCUUCUUCCUCACAGAUUCCACCAUGGCUAAUCCUCUUUUGCAGACGCCAUCUUUGCACUUCUUCAAUCUCAUCGUCACUAAUGAAUCAACACCCACAAAUUCCUGAACUUUCCCCCUCAGAUUCUCUUGAAAAACCCAUCUUAAACCCUCAAGAUUCUGAAAAGCUUGUACCUUUACAUGACAUUGACCAUUCUUGUGACAGACCCAAUUCAGAAGAUGGUGGGUUUACCAAGAAUCAUGUAGUUGAUGUGCUUUUGAGCCACAGAGAUGACCCUGAUUCAGCUUAUAGGUAUUUCCAAACUGCUAGGCAACAAAGGGGUUUUUUGCAUACUAAAUCUGACCCUUUCUUUGUUUUGUUGCACAUAUUAGUAAGUUCUACAAUGCAUCAACAUAAAGCUCGACGCUUGCUUGAUAAUUAUGCUUUUAGUGACUCUGGUCCCUCUGCUACUGUUAUUUUUAAUGGUUUAGUUAAUUCUUGUAAGGCUUUUGAUUUCGAGUUAAAUCCUCGUGUUUUUAAUUUCUUGAUAAAUAGUUGUGUGAAAGUUAAUGGAUUGAAUGAUGCAAUUGAUUGUUUCAAUGGGAUGGUUGAACUUGAUAUAAUGCCGUGGAUCCCGAUUAUGAACAAGCUUUUGAAGGCAUUGGUGAGGCAGGACAUGAUUGGAGUAGCGCGAGAUUUGUAUGCUGAUGUAGUGUCUAGAGGAAUCUGUUAUGAUUGUCGUACUGUGCAUAUUUUGAUGGCUGCUUGUCUGAGAGAAAUGAAAAUGGAGGAGGCGGUACGGAUUUUUAAGGAGGCUAAGAUGAGUGGGAUUAAGCUUGACGCGGGGUUGUAUAGCCUUUGUGUUUAUGUCGCUUGUAAGGAGCAGAAUCUAAGUUUCGCGUUGGAGUUGUUGGGUGAGAUGAAAGACAGGGGUUGGGUUCCUUCUGAGGGCACUUAUGUGAACAUAAUUUCCACUUGCGUGAAGCAAAGGAAUAUGGUUGAGGCAUUAAGGCUCAAGGAUGAAAUGCUUAGUAAUGGGCAUCCGAUGAACUUGGUGGUUGCAACAUGUUUGAUGAAAGGGUAUCAUGUGCAGGGAAAUUUAUCGAGUGCGUUGGAUUUGUUCGACAAACUGGCCUUGUAUGGACUCACUCCGAGCCAGGUAACAUAUGCAGUUUUAAUAGAAGGCUGCUGUAAAAAUGGGAAUAUUGAAAAAGCAGUAGAAAUUUACAGGCAAAUGAAACUUGCAGGUAUCAAGCCUAAUGUUUAUGUUGAGAAUUCCUUAAUAAAGGGUUUUUUGAGUGUUAACUUGUUAGAUGAAGCAAUGAAUGUAUUUGAUGAGGCAAUAAAUUCGGGGACGGCCAAUGUUUUCGUUUACAAUAAUAUAAUAGCCUGGUUUUGUAAGAAGGGUCAAAUGGACGAGGCUCAAAACGUAUGGGAUAAGAUGGUCGAUAAUGGAGUCGUACCUUCUAUAGCUUCGUUCAACAAUAUGAUUCUUGGAAAUUGCAGAAAUGGGAAUAUGGACAAAGCAUUGGAUUUGUUCUCUAAGUUGCCAGAAAGGCUGUUGAAACCUAAUGUUGUAACAUAUAGCAUUUUGAUUGACGGAUAUUUCAGAAAAGGCGACGUUGAUAAAGCGGGGAACAUGUUUGAUCAAAUGGUCUCUUCAGGAAUUGCCCCUACUGACUACACAUUCAAUACCAUAAUAAGUGGUCUAUCUAAAGCCGGCAAAUUGUCAGAGGCAAAAGAUUUGCUUAAAAAAAUUGUUGCAGGAGGUCUCCUUCCAACAUGCAUGUCUUACAAUAGCCUAAUAGAUGGAUUUUUGAAGGAAGAUGAUGUCACUUCAGCAUUGGCUGUUUACAGAGAGUUGUGCGAUAGUGGGAUUUCCCCAGAUGUUGUAACUUACACAACUUUAAUUGAUGGGUUCUGCAAAAGCAAUAACAUUGAUCUUGCUUUAAAAAUGCUGAAUGAGAUGAGAAAUAGAGAAAUUAAGUUAGAUGUUAUUGCGUAUGCUGUCCUUAUAGAUGGCUUUUGCAAAAGAAGAGACAUGAAAAGUGCGUCUGAACUUUUUGAUGAAAUCCUUCAAGUUGGUCUCUCUCCUAACCUAUUUGUGUAUAACAGCAUGAUAAGUGGGUUUAGAAAUGUAAAUAAUAUGGAAGCAGCACUAGUCUUGCGUGAUAGGAUGAUCAGUGAAGGCGUUACAUGUGAUUUGGAAACAUACACCACUUUGAUUGAUGGGCUUUUAAAGGACGGAAAAAUAGUUAUGGCGUCCGAUUUGUUCACCGAGAUGCUUGGAAAGGGUAUAAUGCCUGAUGACAUCACAUAUACUGUUCUUGUACACGGUCUUUGCAAUAAAGGUCAGGUUGAGAAUGCGCACAAGGUCUUAGAGGAGAUGUGUAAAAAGAGUACGACUCCUAAUGUUCUGAUUUAUAAUACACUAAUUGCUGGAUACUUCAAGGAGGGAAAUUUGCAAGAGGCAUUUAGGUUGCAUGAUGAGAUGCUUGACAAAGGUCUUAAGCCCGACGAUGCAACCUAUGAUAUUCUUGUAAGUGGAUCAUUCAGAGGAAACAGUUUCGCUCUUGGUACUUCAUUGCCGCAAUGAACCAGAUACCCUCUAGCAUGCCUGUUUUAAAUUCUUGAAGAGAUAUAUUGUCCCUUGGAUUUCAUUCUUGUCACAUGUCUCUGCUGUCUGCAAGGUUGACAGCUUUAAUGGUUGGGUUCCAAUGAACUGCUUUCGCGUCACCGCUUGAGUCCCUCAAGUCCCUCGAAGCUAUGCAGCUGUUCCUGCUGUUUUAGGCAUUGCUCAUCUUACUCCAAAUAUAUUCAGGAAGCGGUACCAACAGUUCUGAGACCACUUUGCUGUUUAGGAACAGGUGAUUGCUAUCUUAAGCCACCAUUCUACUGAGGUUGAAGGCGGAAGGCCUCGUAUGAGAAAGCUUAAAACGGUGCAAUCAUAUUGACUUCAACUAUCUUGUCUUAACCCUUUUUGCUGAAGUAUAAUAAAAAGGACAAACAACAAUUAGGAGGCUCUUGGAAAUAAGGAGGGAGAGACUUGCUGAUUUAUUUUUCAUCUUUAACAAGGGAAGUCCUAGUCUUUACUCUUUCCCUUGUUAUAUUUUGGUAAGACUGGAAAUGAGGUAACAAAUAAAUCUUCCUUGUUAGGCAAAGCCAAUGGUUGAAAAAGAUGAUUAAAUUGCAGAUGAUUGCCUUUUUCACUUAAACAGGGAAAGGCCUCUCCUUUUCAGCUUUUAGCCCUACCUAAUGUAGUGUAACUUUAUGCUCAAGUAUCUGUAGAGUCUCAAAGAGGUAGCAUCACCUGAUUUCACUUUGUCUGUGAAGGCUACGCAAAGGAAGACUAGAUAAGUACUGCAGCGAAACAUUUCUUGGAUCUCUUGAAAUCUUGAAAAGCAGACUGUAGAGACUUCCACUGAACCUACAGUUGCAAAGCAAAUUUGGUAAUUGAUCCAAGGAUGCAUCACGCUUCUGCUUCUCGUGUAUCUCAACUGAAUUCUUGUCAUGGCGUCUUCCAGCAGCGAAGGUAGAAGUGGGGAACUAUUUAUGGGAAGAUAUGCUGCGAAGUGAUAAUCUGUUACAUGUCCAAGGGAAAACGAGUUGUGUGUGAAACAUGUACGCUGAGGUUUAAAUCAUUUGUAUAGAUUCUGUAAACAAUUUGACCUUAUAGUUUAUACAGCUUCUGAUUCUGAAAUGGUUGUCACCAAAUUACUUUAGAAAUACAAGGAAAAGAGUGUCAAGUCUCCAACUUAAGAAGUGAGGAAAGAUGAAGAAUGAAACUUGUACAGCUUUUCUUUCUCUAUUGAAUAGAAUGUUCAGUUUGUUUU